AUGUCGACAGAAUCUGAGGAUCUGAUUUUGAUUUCCAAGCAAACACAACGCACCAAGAUCACGCCACCGAUCGUCCUGCACCGCGACCUCCAGUCGCUGACGCCGCCUCAGUCGCUGGCGACUCCCGAGGACUUUGACGAACUGCGUAGCUUUGCCGCCGACCGCGACGCCUGGAAAGAUUUAACCGGCCGUGUCGUCACGGGCCUCACGGCAGCCGCAAGCGUCGUAGGGCGACGACAGAAGAGCCAGACGAGCCCCCGCGCCGCCGCCUGCGCAGCCACGGACCGGCAAGCGAAUGAAGAAGAAGGAGAUUGCUAG